GUACAAUUGCGUUAUGAAGGUUAUUUGAUAAAAUUAAAAGGAGCAGGCGAUUACAUACAAAUUGUUCGCUUGCGCGCAUUCAUUUUAACGUUUUCGCAGUGAAAACUGAUUUUUUUGGAGGCCCCUCGCAGGCUGUACGGGUAGAAAUUGUUUCCUCGCGCCCUUUCGCCAUUACGCCAUUUCUCCAUCGCGCCACCGCACUGGCAAAUUGUUAUAUGCACGUGGGGAUAUGUUGCAUCGUUUAGCGGAGGAUGCAAAUGGUCAUUCCGAGUGAGAGCAUUCUUAUGCGAGUCUCGUGCGAUCCCUUUAUAGCGAAGGGGAGAACUCCCACUAGAGCUUCUCGCGGCCGACCAUUUUCAGCCCCCGCAACUUUAUAGAGGGUAGCAAAGCGCAUACGCCUUCGUAGGCCUAGAGAGUGCCCACCUGUUAAUGUACCAGCGAAGGAGCGAUCAGAAAGGCGCUUAAUUGCCGGCCCCGCUACCUGAGCGACGUCUUGCGCGCAGUCCAUAUGUACAUAUAUAUAUGUAUAUAUAUAUAUGUAUAUAUAUGCGCUAACGUGUAGGGACCGUCGCGCCCAUCACGCAGUAGUACCCGUUGGGAGUGCCAGCGCCGUUGAGCAAGUACCCACCCGUAUACACGUGGGGAACCACCUCCCAGCUGUGGCGCUGCGAACAGGUGCCCAAACGCAUGUCCAGAAAGGAACAGUCGAUAAGUGCCUCAUGCUGUAAAACAAAAUGAACGAUAAUUCUCUAAAAAUAAAUGAUAACACGUUAAGUAUGGAAAGCUGGGUAGAGCAGCAAACGAUGGGGAAUGAUGAAAAUGGGAAGAAAAAUCUAAGCGAGAGGAAAAAAGAAGCGAAACAUAACGACUCGGAAAGCAAAGCACAACAAGGGGUAGGUAAAAACAAGGAGGAUUUGAAGAGACAAGAUGAAAACGACAGCGAAAUGGCCAUCAAGAAAGAAAUCAGCAAAAUUAACGAAUGUGCAAAUUGCACCAAUUUGGAUGAAACGAAAGAUUAUACAAUUAUUGUGCCCCCAAGGAAAAAAAUGAGAAACAUGACAAAUGAAGAGGCCGAAGGGGGAAGUCCAAACGGUGGAAAGGCCAACGGGGAGGAGAGUUUCAUCCCCACUGGCAAAAGCCACAGUAGUGAACAGGAGUACAUCACGGAAUUGCUGCAAAGCAGUUCCUUCGAUUUGAAGCAUAAAAAGAAGAAGUUGAAAAAAAAGAGCGCUUGCGAUGGUGGCAAGAGGGAGAACGGCCAAGGGGGAAAGAGUGGGAAAAACAAAUCAAAUGGGAAAAAUAAACCCAAAGGGAAAAGUGCAAAAUGUGAGAAGAAGUAUGGCCGGAAGGUCGACCAGUCGAGUGAUGAGGGGGGCGCUGGAGAGAGCAUCGAAGGGAGCGGCGAAGAUAGCGGCGAUGAUAGCGGCGAUGAUAGCAGCGAAGUGGUUAGCGAAGGGAGCAACCCCCUUGCGAAGAGAAAAGGCAAAAAAGCGGACAAGCAGAAAAAGCUUAACAUGCUAAGGGAAAAGCUAAACAAAACGAAGAAAAUUAACUUUAAAAAGGAAAAGAAUAGCAGCAAAAAUGACAAACAGAGGUAUGCCAAGUACAAGAGAAACAAAGAAAACAUCAAAAUGACCUUCGACGUGACCAGCCGCUUUACCGUCUUAGGGUGUGACUGGGACAAUAUAUCCAGUGCCGAUAUUUUCUACCUCUUUGAAUCAUAUUACAAUUUUGAAAAGAGGAAAAAAAAAAAUAUUGAUUAUACCAAAAGUAGAGCUGUGAAGAAGGUCACCAUAUACACAUCCAAAUAUGGGGAAAAGAAACUCAAGCAGGAGAAGAGACAUGGCCCCAAAAUUAAUUUAGACAUUCUGAAGCUGAAGAGGAAAGGCGACGGAGCUGUGUAUAGGCAGAACAACUUUCUAGAUUACUUACAGGAUGAAGAGGAUGAGGAGGGGGCGCUCAGCUCAAGUGAGGACAGCAGCAGCGAGGGGGGCACCGACGAAAGUGGCAGUAAUGACGAGAGCGUCGAAAGUGACGAAAGUGAGGAACGUGACGAAAGUGACGAACGUGACGAAAGCGCAGACCUGGACGAAGGUGCGGACCGAGACGACAGCACAGGCGACGACGAAAGUGCGGACUCGGACAGCAGCGCGGGUCAUGGCGCCAAGGGUAAGAAGAAGGCGUCCACAAAGGAGGGUACAACGGUGAGGGGCCCUUCCAAAGGCAAACUGAAAAAAAAACCGAGCGAGGAAGCCACUCUGCACACCAGCCACAGUGCCGACGAGGAGGAAGAAAAUGAAAAAAUCCGGCUGUACCAAAUCCAGCGCUCAAGAUACUAUUUCGCAGUAGUGGAAUGCUAUAAUAAAGAAAUAGUCGAAUUUUUAUAUGAAGAACUGAACGAUAUGGAUGCAGAUUUUUGCAUAAACUAUUUGGACCUUAGGAUAAUUGAUGAUAGCUGCUCCCUUGAUGACUAUAAAGUGAAGGAGGCAUGCACGAAGAUCCCUGAGAAUUAUCAAUUCCAUUAUAGCGUGAGCACACCGUUAAAGCAUACGCAUGCCAAGCCUACGUGGGAUGAAAAUCCCAAGAGGAAAAAACUCCUGUCCACGAGGUUUACUGAAGAAAAGUUAAGAGAACUGGACUUGAAGGAGUACCUAGCUAAUUCUUCAUCCAGCGAUGAGGAGGAGGAAGAGGAAGACGCGGACGAAGAAGAGAAGGAGCAGGGGAAAAAUCGCAACAAGGAUAACUCACCACCCAACAAAAGGGAAAAAUACAACAGGGAAGAUUACAGAAAGCUGCUCCUUGGCGAUUGGUUAAACGAAGAUGAUACGGAAAGUGCGCAGAAGGAAGAGCCCAACUGGGGAGUGGCCAAAACGAGUGGCAAAGGUACACGGGGAGACGACCUCAGCAAAAUGAACCUCUCCAUGUACUUGGACGAAAUGGAGGAAGAUUUUGCAGACAAGGAGGGAGUGACCAAUUUGUCGAAAGGGGGAACUUUUGCCUCGAAGAAGAACGUAGGUGGAAGCGUCAAGAACGAGUUAGCUCAAAGUUACCAUGAAAAAGGUGGUGAGAAAAAUAAGCAUAAAGGGAAAGGAAGCGGCGCUGCCACUGCUAAGGCGGCUGACGAGGUUGGCGAGGUUGGCGACGCUAAGGACGAUGACGAUAGCGACAACGAAAACGAAGUCGUGCAGGUUUUCAAAAACAUGCUAAAAAAUAAGGACCAAAAGGAAGAAAAGAAAAACCCGUGGGAUAAGUACCUAGAUAGGGUGAGACAGAAAAAGAAGUUAAAGAAAAAGGCCUAUUUGGAGUCCCUAAAAAAGAAAGAUGAAGAAAUAAAAAAAAUCAUAACGAAAAAAACAAACAAGAGAAAAAAAGAUGUCAUGUUUAAAGGCCACGGAGAAAACCUCCUAGAAAAAGUAAAUGAUGGCCACAUAAUCGAUAGCAGAUUUGCCGACUUGUACAAAAAUAAAGAUUUUAAUUUGGACAUCACGAACCCGAACUUUAAGAAGACCAAAUUUAAUGAGGACAUCCUUCAGAAGAAGAAGUUGUAA